CCAAGUCGUCUUCCUCCCCAAAGGUGUGUAUGUGUUAGAGAGAGAGAGAGUAUAUACCUAUAUAUACAGACAUACACAUACAUAUAUACAUACAUAUAUCAUACACAUACGAAGGAUGGUUUUCCUCAGUGUUCAUGAACUUGCUUUCCUAUUUGGCGUUUUGGGCAACAUUGUGUCUUUCGGGGUGUUCUUGUCUCCGGUGCCAACGUUUUAUGGGAUAUGUAAGAGGAAAUCGUCGAAAGGGUUCCAGUCCAUACCGUACAUAUGCGCACUUGCAAGUGCAACUCUUCUUCUGUGCUACGGAAUCAUGAAGGGGAAUGCCCUCCUCAUCAUCAGCAUCAACACCUUCGGAUGUGUCAUCGAGAUCUCCUACCUGCUCAUUUAUCUCAUCUACGCGCCAAGAGACGCCAAGAUAUUCACGUUGAAGCUGAUCUUGAUAUUCAACGUCGGGGCCUUGGGGCUAUUGAUUCUUCUCGUGGAUCUGUUCGUUCCAAAGCUGAAGAGGGUCACGGCCGUUGGAUGGGUUUGCGCUGCUUACAGUCUCGCCGUUUUUGCAGCUCCAUUGAGCAUUAUGAGGAAGGUUAUACGCACGAAGAGCGUGGAAUACAUGCCGUUUCUUCUCUCCUUUUCCCUGACCCUCAAUGCCGUCAUGUGGUUUCUCUAUGGACUACUUAUCAAGGACAAGUUCAUCGCUAUGCCAAAUAUUCUCGGUUUUCUGUUUGGUUUAGUUCAGAUGGUACUGUACUUGAUGUACAAGAACUCGAAGAAAACCGAGAUGCCUAAACCGGUACCUACCGAGAACCAAGAGACAAAAGAUUUGGAAUUGAACUCAAUCGAGAUCGUGGCAGUUGAAUCCCCCGAAGGGUGUGUCAAGGAGAUGAAGAAACCCAUCCCAAGUGAAAGCAAUUGAUAAGUAAUAAGGGACAAAUAUGUAUUCAAGAUUUCAUAUGAUGGAAUAAUGAUCUUAAUUUCUAAUGUUUACAUAGCUUGUGUAACUCAACCCUAAAAAUCAAAAUCAAACAGGUUUUCCGGUUUGAAUCGGUUUAGCCAAUCCAAAGUUAAUAUGAAUGCUGAAUCUUGUUUUUGUC